AUGGUGGAGAGAGAUGAGGAAGAAGUUGGUGACGAUGAAGUAUAUUGUGGACUGAUGGAGAGGACGAAGAAGGAUCAGUUAUUCGAAUUAAUUAUUGAUAGCGGCUGUCAGGAAAAUAUUAUCGGCAGGGAUGUGGUACGAAAACUGCAACUAAAUCCUAAGAAACACCCGAACCCUUACACGAUUGGUUGGAUCAAGGAAGUCGGGGGUGUACGCGUAGAGGAACACUGUAAGGUUCCAUUCUCUAUUGGUAAGUAUACUGAUGAGGUUUAUUGUGAUAUUGUGGAUAUGGAUGCUUGCCAUAUUUUGCUUGGUAGGCUUUGGCAGUUUGAUGCAGAUGCCAAACACCUGGGUAGAAAGAACACAUACCAAGUCGAGAAAGAGGGUGUGCGCUAUACACUAUUACCCAUGGCAGAAAAGAACCCAACCAAGGCUUCAAAGGCAGAAGAGAGGAAUUUUCUUACCAUAACACACUGCCACUCUGAAUUUGUAAGAGAAUGUAAGGAUCCUCGCGAGGUCCACUUACUGGUGAUAAUGGGGGAAGGUGUGAGUGAAUCACUAGGGGAGAACAAAAUUCCCGUGGAAGUGCAGGGAUUACUCGACGAGUUUCAUGACGUAGUUCCUAACGAGUUACCUAAUGAGCUCCCACCCAUGUGA